ACCGAGGCCACGUAGAGGGGGGGAGAUGGAGCUCCAUUGCUCUUUAGAGUUGAAGCGCUUAUUGGCUUAAUAUAGUUUGUUAUUAAAUCCAAUUAAUAAUCUCUCUCUCUAUCUCUCGAUUUCGAUGCCGCAUAGUUCCCGGCGAUGUCGCUCUCUCCAUGCCCGAGAUUGCACUCACAGGCGUAAACCACGCUCUCUCCCUUCUCCUCUAUUUCACCUCCCACCUUCUCCAAACUCAAUUUUACUUUUAUUUUUUUUGUGAGACUGCUUUUCGUUUUCGAAUUCAGUUUUGAUUUUGCGUAAUUAAAUCUCAUAUGCGAUAUUACCAACGCUUGAUUAAGAGCUCGAAAAUGGGGUCACACAGAAAAGACAGCUUUCAGGUUUUGUUUUAGGAAUUUUAAUGGAAGAUCGUGCCGUACUGGUUGAUUCAAAUUAUUGUUUUGUUAUGCAUGCAUAGGUUGUGCAACAGCGUCUGUGACCGGUGAAGGAAAGAUGGGGGCAUGCAAGUGAUUGAAUAUAUGUUAGAUUGUAUAUCUGUUGAUAUAACGUGGUCAUCGUAGUUUUGUGGGUACUUCAGGAUUUGGAGAUCCAGUUGUUUUGUGCACAGUUAAUCUCUACAUAGAAGGAUUCCUUGUUGUGUUUAAACCUAUUGGAUAGAUUCGAGUUCGUGAAUUUUGUGUUUCCAAAAAAGAGCUUUAUUGACAUUGAUUUCAUUGUGAAGAUUAGCUUUAACCGUCCCAUAUCAAAAAAUCCAUUCCUUCCGAUUUUGGAACCAUUAAGCUCUGUAAUUCAGUGGGCCCUUCAUGGAAAGAUCGGCAUUGGAGUUGUGAAUUCUUUAGCUGAUAUGGAAGCCAAUUGCGGAUACAAUCUUCUUUUAUCUAGUUGGAUCAAAAACUACUGGUCCCAGGAACUCAAAUUAUGCAGCUAAAUAAAUUGAAGAAGUCACCUAGCAACAUGACUGGCGAGACACCCAGUCCCUCUGGUCAAUGGAUCCUGCAAGAACCAACAUGCGCUGUUCCCGUUGCAGGAAGAAGUGUAAAUAAUGUCUCUGUUCAGACUGGUGAAGAAUUUUCCAUGGAGUUUCUUCAGGAUCGUGUUGCUGCAAGAGGGAUUCCUGCUGGCCCCAUUAUGGCCCAGAAUAACGAGAAAAGAAUUGGACAAAAUUUUAAUCAGAAAUACCAGAUGGGGUAUGAGGAUCUUGCUAGAAUUCUUGGGUUGAAUAGAAUGGAUUCCGAGUGUGCAUCUGAUAUGUCUGACGUUGCAUCCAGAGAAGGGUCCAUGAAGGAGAUUGAGAAUGGGACCUAUGUUAGUAAAUUAGGCCAACACCAGAAGGAAAAUGGUGAUGCUGGAAAUGGGCCAAGGAGGGCUUUUGGUGAAUUGAAUUGUGAUCGUGCUGGUUUGGCACCAUGUGCUCCUUCCAUUUAUGUAUCCGAAUCCCCCCAUUCAAAUACCGUUGAUAGGUCAAAAAAUUCAGAUGGAUCUCAAUAUGAGAAGAUGAAACUUCUUUGCAGCUUUGGUGGGACGAUUUUGCCCAGACCCAGUGAUGGAAAACUCAGAUAUGUAGGGGGAGAGACGCGCAUUAUCUCCAUUAGAACGAAUCUUUCAUGGGAAGAACUGGUGAAGAAAACUACAGGCAUUUGCAACCAGCCUCACACUAUCAAAUACCAGCUUCCAGGUGAGGAUCUUGAUGCUCUUAUUUCUGUUUCUUCUGAUGAAGACCUGCAGAAUAUGAUAGAGGAAUACCAUGGACUUGAAUGGCUUGAGGGUUCUCAAAGACUUCGGAUAUUUCUGAUUCCUUUGAGUGAAUCCGAAAGAUCAUCAUCUUUGGAGGCAGGCACUAUUCAGCAGAGCAGCCCUGAUUACCAAUAUGUUGUUGCUGUGAACGGCAUUUCAGAUCCUAGUCCUAAGAUAAACCCUGUUGAGCAGUGCUUGACUAGUCUAGUAAGUCUACCAGUUAAUAAUUUGGAGCGUAAUCCAAAUUUUCACAAGCAUUCACCAUCCUCACCAUUUCCUUUGGAUAUUAAUGGUGACCACAAUGCCUUGGGUCCCACUCAAGUUUUAAACACAUCCCAGAAUAUAACAAAAUCCCCCAAACAAUCUGCUCCUGUUUCUCCAAUUACAUUUCCACUAGGUGACUCCAACAAUGCUCAUACACAAUUUAGUGAUGACAACUCAAGCAUUGGAAGUAGCAGUUCCUUCAUUACCGCACAGCUACAGCCUGAAAGCUUUAUUGCUGACUUUGGUGUUUACAAACUCCCCAUACUUGGUCCAAUCCCUUCAACAAAAGAUAUUCGUCCACAACAAAAGCUUGACAUUGAGAAGAUAGAGCAACCGCGUGGCGUGCAUUUUCAGAAUGAUGAUUACAGCAGAGAAUUUGUGAAUUCAUCUAUUUUUUAUCAAAAUGAUGAGAGGUCCAUGCAUAAUGAAAGAAUACUUCCCUUUGAGAUGCCUCUCUCAUGCCCAGAAGAUCCAAUGAAUUUGGUUUCAGGAUCGAUAGACUCUGUUGAGACUCUCCAUGGGAUACCACAUGCAUUCUCUGACUCAAAGUUGCAGGAGCAUGGAGGGAGAUCAACUCAAUGUUUCCUAGAAGGAACCAGCCUGUCAUCUCCCUUGAGCUUUUCAAAGACACAAUUAUCUCCCUUGCUAGUCUCUGGGCUCUCACAUGAAAAGCCAGUUGACGUGCUUGAGGAUGUUGAUUUUGUCAACAGUCGAUUACAGAACCCUCUAGGAUUUUCUCCGUGUCUAGAGACAAGCAGGAGUGAACUGAUUCAGAAAGCUGCCAGUGACAUUGAUGAAAAGUGUCAACCAGCUUUAGAUGAUGAAGGUAAAUCUUAUUUCAUGGUCCCUAGCUAUUAUGAGAAAGAUCUACUGAACUUGGGAAGGAUAACUAGUCUUGAAAAGAGUGAUCUGCGUUUACAACAAGGUCAAAUGGUUGAUGACGUGAUAUCAUCAGCUGCUGUUGCGGGGAACACCAAAAAAAUCGGCAACUGUAACCUGGCUAGUGUUGAUAAUUUGUCAGAAUAUGUGCAAAUUUUGGAAAAUGUACAUCCAGAAAUGACAGGCAAUAUUUCUAAACCUUUUGUAAACAACUUGGUGGAGCACUCCAAAAACUAUCGACAAGAUAAAACUGCAUCUAAUAUCCUUGUUGUGGACCAAUCUGCUGUAAAGGACCAGCAUCGUGCUUUGCUUGGGGCAGUGACUGAUGAAAAAGAAUGCAAUGUUUCACAGACUAGGAACCCUGAAAUCAGGGGGUUGUCUCAAAAUCCAGAAACCAUGCUAUCAAACUCUCUAGGUUUGUACCCAUCUGUAGUUAAUACUGGUCCUAGCUCAAGUACACACACGAAAGAUCUUCACAUUGUGAUGUGUGAUCCUAAUGUAGGUCUAUCUCCAACUAGAGAGACCACUUUCCUUGAUGAAAACCUUUUAAGGUACCCUGAGCAGAAGGUUGAGAAGUUGGGAGGUGGUGGUUCCGCUUGUGUGAAGUCAUAUGCUGAAGAUGUCUUUACCCAAACAUCAGCCUCAAGUAAGAAUCAAGAUCGAGAUCAGCCUGUGCCUUUGGUCUUUGUGGAAGAUGUGACCUAUUGCAUGCCAUCCAGCAUUCAAUCUUCUUCAGCAAUCAUCCCACAUGUUGCAGAUGCAAUCAGCAGUGCAUCUACCACAGCAACAGAGCCAGAGAGUGUUGUUCCUGAGUCCGAGCAUGAGGAUAUCAAGGCUGAUGAUCAGGAGGAAAAUGAUUCGUUCAGUGAUGCAGUGAUUGCUGAAAUGGAAGCCAACAUUUACGGCUUGCAGAUCAUAAAGAAUGCGGAUCUUGAAGAGUUAAAAGAGCUGGGUUCUGGUACAUAUGGGACGGUAUAUCAUGGAAAAUGGCGGGGGACAGAUGUUGCCAUAAAAAGAAUAAAGAAGAGCUGCUUUUCAGGGAGAGGUUCUGAGCAAGAACGGUUGGUUAAAGACUUCUGGAGGGAGGCACAUAUACUUUCAAAUCUUCAUCAUCCGAAUGUGCUUGCAUUUUAUGGGGUAGUACCUGAUGGUGCUGGAGGAACCUUAGCAACUGUAACUGAAUUUAUGGUGAAUGGAUCUCUUAGGAAUGUCCUACUUAAGAAGGAUAGAUCACUUGAUCGUCGUAAAAAGCUUAUAAUUGCUAUGGAUGCAGCUUUUGGCAUGGAAUACUUGCACUCAAAAAAUAUUGUCCAUUUUGAUCUAAAAUGUGACAAUUUGCUUGUCAACCUGAGGGAUCCACAACGACCCAUAUGCAAGGUGGGAGAUUUUGGAUUAUCAAGAAUCAAACACAAUACUCUGGUCUCUGGUGGUGUGCGAGGAACCCUUCCAUGGAUGGCACCAGAACUGCUGAAUGGUAGCAGCAGCCGGGUUUCAGAGAAGGUUGAUGUUUUUUCAUUCGCCAUUUCGAUGUGGGAGAUUUUGACUGGGGAGGAACCUUAUGCAAAUAUGCAUUGUGGUGCAAUCAUUGGGGGCAUUGUGAAGAACACACUUCGACCUACUAUUCCGGAAUGUUGUGAUCCUGAGUGGAGAAAAUUGAUGGAGCAGUGCUGGUCACCUGACCCUGAAUCGCGACCAUCAUUCACUGAGAUAACAAACAGGCUAAGAUCUAUGUCUAUGGCUCUCCAGACAAAGGGACACAAUAAUCAAGCAAAACUAAUGCCAAACUUAACUGCAUAAACUAUACUGCUUAUACAUGCAGCUGCCUCAUUGUUAAAGCUUACUGAGACUGUCUGUCUGGUGCUCUGUACAGAAGGCGGAGGACAAGCACGAAGAGAGUUUGUUGUUGGAGGCUUAUUGUGUUCCUUUCCUUACCUUUUUCAAUAUAGAUAUAUUCAUUUGUUUAUUCUUUCUGCAACUAGGAAAGGUUAAAGAAAAGUCCCGGUCAUGAUAGCGAGCGACGAUGAGAGCUUUUGCAAUUCUGAUUAGUUUACUAUGAUGGUUUUUGCUGGAAAAGAUGUUUGUGACAAAGGAGUCUAAGCUGAGAGUUGUCCAGUUACCUCUGCAUCAUAUAUUGUAAUUCCAUUCAAAACCAAGUUACUGACUCCUUAUCCCUGCAUUUUUAUUGUAAAUUCAUCCUUUUCCCAACUGAAUGCAUGUAAAGACAAAGCUAGAGUUGUGUGUUUUUU